GCUACGUGACGUUCACGCUAAUGACGUGGGCUGACUGUUAACGAAGCAGGAGCUUUCACGAGACGAACACAGUAGACCACUAGAAGACUGACUGACAUACAUCAAAACGACCAAAAUGGUUAUCAUAAUUGAGGAUAAGCGUGCCUUCGACGAUGCUCUGAAAAAUGCUGGGGACAAGUUGGUGGUGGUGGACUUCACAGCCACAUGGUGCGGGCCCUGCCAAAUGAUCGGUCCAGUCUUUAAAGCGCAGUCUGAAAAACCAGAGAACAGUAAUGUUGUGUUUCUAAAGGUGGAUGUGGAUGAUGCACAGGAUGUGGCCGCUUUCUGUGAUGUCAAAUGUAUGCCAACAUUCCAUUUCUACAAGAAUGGAAAGAAGAUUGAUGAAUUUUCUGGAUCAAAUGUAGAUAAGCUGUUGGAGAGGAUCACUAAGCAUAAAUGAAGAAAAAUACACAAACCAACCACUGUAAUAACUAAUAUACACAGAAAAAACAUAAUUCUCA